GAAGUUGUAGAUUGUAUGAUUGAAUUGUUAAAAUCUAUGCUUGUAGCAACAGAAUUAUUAUUAUUAAGCUCAUAUCUAACUAUCUCUGAUAUUUGUUUAACUUUUUUGAAACUUCUUCAUCAUCUUAAUAAAUAUUGGUCUAUGCUUGAAGAAUCAACUAUGAUUGCUACAAUUCUUGAUCUAUCAUUCAAGCUUAUAAUCUUUUCUUUUGAUGAUAAAGAUGCUGCUCUUACUAGCCUAUAA